AAGCGCGCUGCAUAUGGUUCUCGCAGCACACUAUUUUGUUAGUCCAUGCGUGCACACGUUUACCGAUGGCUGCUGCUACAUUUUCCCCCGUAUGCAUAUUAUUUGCUUUACUUUUAGGAGAGGCCAGGGCCCAGGUUAAUCCGAAAGCGUGCAGCAUGGAGCUCUAUGACCCUGAACUCGCGUCUUGCUGCAGCCUGCCGACAAUCCUGCCCCUGUACUCAUUGAAAACGUGCAUCAAAAACGAAAACCAAGGAAUUCUAGAAACUGAUCCAUUUUGCCUCUUUGACUGCGUUUUCAAAAACAAAAACUAUCUUUUUCCAAACGGCUCCCUCAACCGUGAUUUCGUGAUCGACAGAUUUUACAGAGUACUGUCGGAAAAAAUUUGGCAGCCAGUGGUGCAAGAGGCAGUCGUGCUUUGCCACCACAGAUUGGUCAUGGAUACGUCUAUCCAAACUGGUCAGCGCAAUGGUUGCAGACUUCUCCCUGCACUUUUUGCUUUGUGCGUGCGAAGAUACUUGCUGGGAAACUGCCCACGCUUGGCCAGGCCAAAAACUGACUCAAAUUCCUGCGCACUUCGGCUGAGCUUGAUCAAAGACAAAUGCGACCCUUUCGAAUUGGUCCCGAAAAAAACCGACCCAACUGUGAUAUCGGACGAAGCGAUAGCUAAGACGGGCACAAACAAAAGAAACUCAGGCGAAAAUAAAGCAGAAAGAACUAAAUUGACAAGCACAACAACCGAAAUAGCAUCAACAACCAAACUGACAAGCACAACAACCGAAAUAGCAUCAACAACCAAACUGACGAGCACAACAACCGAAAAAGCAGCAGCAACAACAGAAUCAACAGCAAAAACUACGAGUGCCACCACUGAAAAACCAGCCGGCAAAGAGAAAUCAGGCGAAGUGCCGCAGAUCGAAGAGAUGGGCCGCUCGCUGGAGACGGUGCAGCGCCACAUCCGCGACAUCGAGUCCCUGAAGACUCCCCAGGCACGCAAGGACCUGGCCAGCCAGGUGCGCCGCGAGCUCGACACGAUCGCCGAGGACGUGGAGGUGCUGGGACAGGAGCGGCCGGAAGUGCUGCAGGUCGCGCCAAGGCUGGCCAAAAUCCGCGCGGACCUUGGCUCCUUCGACAGCCUCAACCUUGCCGAGGGGCUGAGCGGCAGGCUGGUGCUCGAGGUGGGCGCAGUCCGUGACCAACUACUCAGGGUUGCCACCAACAUCCAAAAGGGUUUAACCGACGUGGGUGAGACGAUCCGCUCAGACGUGUCCAAAGUUGCGAUCGACGUGGCGUCCGGGGCCGUUGGCCUGGGCUCGGCCGUGGGCACCGGCCUCAAAGACGCCGGCAACACGAUCAGGGAGGGGGUGAACUCGGCGCAGAGCGGCAUCGCGUCGCUCGGCCUCGAGAGCAUCGGGCAGCUGCAGAAGAUCGGCGACGACGUCUCGGCCAGCGUGUCCAACGUCAAGAAAAACUUCGAGGAGCUGCGGCAGGAGAGCUCGCAGAAGUUGAUCGACGCCAGCUCCAGCCUCAGCACGCAGCUGACCGACGGGCUGAAGAGUCUGCAGAAGCUCAAGGACGAGUCGACCGGCAGCGCCAAAAUGCUCGCGCUGAACAUUCAGCAGAACCUCAAGGAACGGCUUGACGAGAUCACGAAGCAGUUCAGCAACCUCAAACUCACUGGAAAGUGAAUUUGAAAAUUUUCCUGAUAUGUACUAUUAAAAAUUGUAGCUCCAAGCUGUGUGUUAACAGGGUAAAAAAUUAAAUUUAAUAUUGGAGACGGUAUCAGAUGUUUAGGCUACAGUGCAUAAUUAUAAUUACAUUGAGAGACAUGUUUAACGUGGAUUAUAUUUUUAAUCUUGCUCAAUUUUCACAUUGUAAGCAAAAUUUAAUCAUUAUUAUACUAAUUAACCUUUUAAAUUUACAUAAAAUCUGUUUGCUUUUCCCUGAGUAUAUGCAGACCGUGUAUAUUUAUUAUAUUAAUAAAAUGGAAUUUGCGAA